UACUGUGAGGAAAGUGGAUGAAUGGGUCGGCGUACUACGUGUGGUGUGCGUGGGCGGCGAGGAAUGUAAAGGGCAGCGUGCGAGGUCAGCCGUCCGGUCACUUGACGCUUGGACAUGGCAGCCACCCAGAGCCGAGCGCCGUCUCGUCUCCUCUGCAACCGCCCACGACGCACCCACCACACCAGGAUGAUCGAUCCUCUAUAAAGUCCCCACCCCCACGCCUCCUCACAACUCCUCCCUCUUCCACCUCGGCACCUCCAAUCCAAUCGAAUCCAAUCCAAUCCAAUCCAAUCGAUCCGGCAAGACAAACAAUGGCCAAGGUGCACCCCAACGCCGCCGACCCAGAGCGUCGGCCGCCCCAGGAUGAUCAGGAGGAGCCGCCCACGGUUCUCACCGUGUGGCGCAAGUCCCUCCUCUUCAACUGCCACGGCUUCACCGUCUUCGACGCCAGGGGCGACCUAGCCUUCCGCGUCGACUGCUACGCCGCCUCCCGCCGCCGCGCCGAGGUCGUCCUCAUGGACGUCGCGGGGAAGCCGCUCCUCACCGUCCGCCGCAAGAGGCUCAGCCUGACAGACCACUGGGUCAUCUACGACGGCGACGGCACAGCCAGGCCGCUCCUCGCCGUCCGCCGCCACGUCACCCUCCGGUCAUCCAGCAAGGCGGUGGCUCACGUCACGCCCCACGCCUCUGCCGCUGCUGCCUUCGCCGCGGAGUACGUGGUGGAGGGCUCGUACGGGCGGCGGGCCUGCGCCGUGCGCGACGCGCGCGGGGACGCGGUGGCGGAGGUGCGCCGGAAGGAUUCGGUGGGCGACGACGUGUUCCGGCUGGUGGUGGACCCGCGCCUGGGCGCGCCGCUCGCCAUGGGGCUCGUCAUCGCGCUGGACGAGAUGUUCGGCGCCGGCCGUGGCUCGGCGUGGUCCCUGCUGCGAAGGACAUGGUCGGUGUAGCAGCCACGCCGCUGCCAUUCUGCCAAAGGACAACCACAUGUACAGUACAGAUCUCUCUAGGCUCUACGGAGUACCACAGAGAUCCCGGAGGCUCACUCACUCAGGCCCCAGCCACAGCUGUGAGCGGCAGCCGUGUUUUAGCAAGCAGGCUCUGCGAUCUGCCUACCGUGGCUCACCCAUAAUACAGUAUCUGAUGAUCAUCCAACCAAUGAGUUAUCAGCCCCAGGCGCAGCAGCUGCCUAAUUUUGUCUGUUGUACAAACACACCAUCUCCUUAAAAAAUUCUUAUUUUUUUUUGGUUAUCGUAGUGAUCUUCCUCCAGGAUUUAUGUUUUGAGCUUCAGUUUGAUGAUU